CUAUAAUAUUCUUACUUACUAAUAACAACUGCAGCUUAUAGAGAUUGGAAAAAUAAAGAAGAGAGAAACUAAGAGGUGGCCUCUACUUUGUUUCUUAGAUUUUCUAAUAUUAAAUUAUAAAACCCGUUAGCAAAAUUUAGUAAAUUUGCAAUUUUAUUAUGGUGAAGACAAUAGUAGAUAUAUAAAAACGUGUUGGGAAUUUUUGAUUAUACCCGCGUUUGAUUUUGUUGGUAGAAAAGUGAAAACUGUGCGUUAAUACUUUUUAAUAUGUUAGUAACUACCUGUGGAUGUGUAGAUGUACGCAUACAAGGGUAAAAGUUUAAACAAGUAGUGUUGGUGUGCACAUCUGUCUUAUCAAAAAACGGAUUGCGAAGGUUCUGUAUUCAGUGUCGUUCACGAUGUUCUACGCAACGAAGUUAUGGCAUUAUUAAAUCCUCGGUUUCGCAUUUUAGGAAGCCAACAUAUACACUACGAUCUUUACACUUCUUUAAAUCCCUAUGAAGGUCAAAUUUUACGUACAGGAGACGUAAGGGCUUUAAAAAAAUCGCAUUUUAAUCCCGCUUGGCCGAUUAGAAUUGCUAUACAUGGUUGGGCUGGUAAGAGUACCUCCUGUUCAAAUGCAGCUUUAAAAGAUGCUUAUUUGUCACAGGGAAAUUUCAAUGUAAUAAUCGUUGACUGGAGUGUCAUUUCACAUGACAUCAGUUAUCCACGCAUUUCACAGCAAUUGUCCGAAAUAGCUGCGCAUUUUGUGAAAUUUAUACGUUUCUUGCAACGUGAAAAGAAUAUCGAACUUAGCAGCGUAUAUUUAAUUGGCCACAGCGCUGGCAGUCACAUAGCUGGUUUGGCUGGCAAAUUGCUCAAACCUCAACAGCUUGGCGCAAUUAUUGCUCUUGAUCCAGCUGGCUUGGCACAACUGGGCUUAUCAGCCGACUAUCGCUUGGCUCCUGAUGAUGCCCUUUAUGUAGAAUCCAUACAUACCGACACAAGCCACAUGGGAAAUCCAAGCUUUGAACUCAGUCAUGCUGCAUUCUUUCCAAAUUGGGGUCAAGGACAGCCACAAUGUCCAAAUGCGACUGCAGCUGAAUUUGAUUUCGCUUGCGAUCACUUUGCAGCCUUAUACUACAUGGCAGAAUCUGUGCGAAACCCGAAAAUAUUUGGUGCUAUGAAAUUAUCAAGUUCUGCAUGUAUGCGUGGCUACAAUUGCACUUGUUUAACCGGUAGUUAUGAAUGUCCAGCAGACGCUUUUAUGGGUGGUGAACCGGUUGUGCCCAAGGUCGGCGCUUAUUAUUUGUCAACGAAAGCAAAUCCCCCCUUCGGCAUUGGCAACGUGGUAAGAAUGCGCAAAGUCAAGGAACCUAGCUUCUUGGAAAGUGCUUUUCCUACUACCAACUUAUUUAGGGGAUUUUAUAGGGGUUAAUGUAAAUAAGUUUCUUUUAAGACAAACUUUUAUAAUUAAUUUUAUAUGUAAAAACAUGUGUAGGGCAUGUUUAAAAUAUUACAAGAAAACUUAACAAGUCAAGCUUAGAAAUUGUAUUUCAUGAAAGAAUUUGACAU